UAAAAGUGAAAGAGAUCUGAAAGCGUAACUAGUUUGACAGUGUUCGCCAGCAACAGCAGGAAAGACAAAGACGGUAACUUGCAGUUUUUCAUUACGUACACAGUUUUUCUGUACACAGCCGUAACUCUUGUGACAACUUCAAGCCCGCUGCACACUUUUCGACUGAGACAGGACACUUUAGACAGAAAAGGAGAAAAUAAUGGCAACUGGCAGAAGCAAUGAGUUUCAUCUUAUUGUCCCUGAUGAAUUUCACAGCGCCAAGGCCAAUCUGGGGUCUGAUGUCACUGUAGCAUGUCACCUGUCACCUAAAAUCAGUGCUGCUGACAUGGAAAUCAGGUGGUUUAAAGAGACAGAGUGUGUGUGUCUCUAUAAGAACAGACAGGUUACAGAAGGGAGGAGCUACAGAGGCAGAACAGGUCUGUCCACGGGGGAGCUAGACGGAGGAAAUGUGUCCUUGAAGUUGAGAGAGUUCAGAGAAUCUGAUGUAGGAGUUUACCUUUGUCAGGUCAUCAGUGAAGACAGAACAGAGGAGAUAACAGUAGGAGUAGAAGAAGGAGCAAGGAAAGACUGUGAUGUCCAAUCUGUAAAUCAGCUUCAAGAAAGACAAGUUCAUCUGACAUUACAUGAGUCAAACAGUACUUUGGCAGAGGAUCAGAAAAUAAAAAUGGAAGAAUCUGCUUUAAUAACAGAGCUUGAAGAAAAUUAUGUGAAGAUACUUCACCAAACCAUGUUUAAGGUUUUCAAAAAUCAAGAGAAAAAACUACAACAAUCUGAAAUCCAGUUAAAGGCAUCCAGUAUGGUUUUGGAAAGCAUCUUACAGCAACUGGAAACAAUCACAGAAAAAUCUGGUCUCCUGCAAAAUGAAAAACGCACUGAUAUAAAAGAAUCGCAUACUCAGCAAAUAGAAAAGCAUCUGCUACAAAUGACUAAACACAUCGAAGAGAAACAGAUUCAGCUUGAGGAGAAAGACAUGCAACUACAGAAUAUGAGCGAACAGGUGAGGGAGAAAGAGAAACUACUGGAGUCCACAAUCGAAGAGAUGGAGACACUGAGACAGGAGCAAAUGAAACAGAAGGAGAUGCUGGAGAAGAAUGAACAGUUGAAGAUCUCAGAGUUGAAUGAAAAAUCCAAAUGUCUUGAAGAAACAAAAUCUCUUCUAGAAGAAAGAGACAGAAAGAUUAAGGGUCUGGAGAAAGAGAAAGAAAGACUUGAUGAGGAACUUCAAGACAAAGACAGACGUCUUAAGGACAUUAAUGCUAAACUGAUGCAAACGGUCAGAGAUGUUGAAAAGACACAAAACCAGCUUCAGGGGAAACACACACAACUGGAGAAUAUACACAAAAUGCUGAGUGAAAAAAUGAGACACCCAGAAAAUAAAGCAAAAGAGCUGGAAGCCAGUAAAUGUCAGUCAAAAGAAAAUUUGGAGAAAUAACAUCUAAAGUGUUCAGAACAGAUUUUCUUCUUAUUUUUAUGGCAUUAAAACAUUGAUUUAGCUCCAUUUUAAGGACAUGCAUUUGGUGCUGCAUUAAAAAAAAAAAAAAAACCUCAUUAGAAAAUAAAAACAAAACAAGAAAAGCUAUAUCCUAAGAAAUAACAGAUAUAAGAGAUGUCAGUAAUUUGCAAUGUUAAUAUUUAAAUAUCCCAUAUUUCAUUCGUGUGUUUACUGCUGUCCCUUUCCUCUACGGUCUCAUAAAUGUGGUGUGUAAGGCUAAAAUGGGUGUUUCUUUUUAUGUAACUGUCUUCAUGUAACAGGAUCAGAUUAAAUAAAUGAAUAAAUAGCA